AUGGGGAAAAGAGCUGCUGAAGACGAAGCCACACAGUCGGCCAGAACGGCCGCCAAGACCGAAAGCGGCGCCGUGCCCACGGAAAAUGCCGCCUCCGAGGAUGUCGCCGACCACGACAUGGGCGAAUUCGAAGAUCCUUACGGCGACGACUACGAGAGCGAAGAGAUCAUCGAGCUCGACGAUGACGAAACAGAAAUGGACGCGGAGGACGCCGAGGCCAAGAUUGCCGAGCUCGAGAAGGAGGAAAAAGAGGAGCAGCCCGGUACACUCUAUUUGCCCCACCGGUCCAAGCCCUUGGGUCCAGACGAAGUGCUCGAGGCAGACCCAUCGGUGUAUGAAAUGUUGCACAACGUGAACAUGCCGUGGCCGUGCUUGACGCUCGACGUUUUGCCCGACAACCUAGGCUCCGAGAGAAGAACUUAUCCAGCAUCGAUGUACGUUGCCACAGCCACCCAGGCUGCCAAGGCCAAGGACAAUGAAUUGCUCACCAUGAAGUUGAGCUCGUUGGCCAAGACUCUUGUCAAAGACGAAGACGAAGACUAUGAUGACGAGGACGAGGACGACGAAGACAUGGACCCGGUCAUGAUCUCCGAGUCCAUCCCUUUGAGAACCACCACCAACAGAAUCCGUGUGUCGCCCCACGCACAUGAGACGGGCGAAUACCUCACCGCCGCGCUGCAGGAGAACGGUGAGGUGCUCAUCUUUGACUUGGCGCCACAGAUGAAGGCGUUCGACACUCCAGGCUACGUGAUUCCAAAAACAGCCCGCAGACCAGCACACACAGUCCGCGUCCACGGCAAUGUCGAGGGUUACGGUUUGGACUGGUCUCCAUUGCUUAGUACAGGCUCUCUUUUGUCCGGAGACUGUCUGGGACGUGUUCAUCUCACCACACGCACAACAUCCAGCUGGGUCACAGACAAGACUCCUUUCUUCGCAUCCAACUCGCUGAUUGAAGACAUACAAUGGUCCACCAGCGAAAACACCGUGUUUGCUACAGGUGGAUGUGACGGCUAUGUUCGCAUCUGGGACACACGGUCAAAGAAGCACAAGCCUGUCAUAUCUGUCGAGGCUUCCAAAUCUGAUGUCAACGUGAUCUCGUGGAGCAACAAGAUCUCGCACUUGUUGGCGUCGGGCCACGACGACGGCACUUGGGGCGUGUGGGACUUGCGUAGUUUCAACGGCAAGAGCACGCCUACGCCAGUGGCGCACUACGAUUUCCACAAGUCGGCAGUGACGUCGAUUGCGUUCAACCCAUUGGACGAGUCCAUCAUUGCUGUGUCUUCCGAGGACAACACGGUGACCUUGUGGGACUUGGCUGUGGAAGCAGACGACGAGGAAAUUGCACAGCAGCGGAAAGAGGCACAGGAGUUGAGCGACAUCCCACCUCAGCUCUUGUUUGUGCACUGGCAGCGCGACGUGAAGGAUGUGCGUUGGCACAAGCAGAUCCCAGGUUGCUUGGUAUCCACGGGUGGUGACGGUUUGAACAUCUGGAAGACGAUUUCGGUUUAG